AUGUUCACUGAAAACGAUGUGAAGAGCAUUUUUUCCCUCUUUCCCCCGCAGACUAGCGCAGAGUUUAUACCACAAUUUGCCCUAGCCUCCAGCGGUAAUGGUUUCGUUACUCUUCAGUUUGCCCAGGCACAGUUUCGAAGUCGUGUAACAAGAGAGACGGAACGAAUUCCAAUAUUUGAAUUGGCUAGCGAUCUGGAUAUAAGCACAACUCUUGUACACCAACUUGCGCGGAGCCAUCCAAAACUGUGCCUCUUAAGCGCAGAUCAAGAAAAGGUCAUUCCCGCUGAUGAGCGAGAUGCGUUACAGCAAAAACUUGCCGAUUUGCUCUCUUCAGGAGUGCACUCCAAGACCGAUUUGGUUUCCCAACAUGACAUAUGGCCCAAAAGUCUUGACGCCUUACUUGCAGACCAAACCCACGAUAUUGUAAACAUAGAUGGUUUUGUAUGUACAGGGGCUUACCAGGAAGAUAUUUCCAGAGAUAUUACUAGUAGAGUCAAGCAGGCACUCAAUGAACUACAAACCAUCACCAUCUUGCCAGAAGAUUUACCUGGCAGUCCACCGGCAUGGUUCAUAUUCCGGACUUUAGAAAAGGCACUAGAGUCCGAAAACCUCACAUCCCAAGUUACUAUCGAGCAAGACCCCAACCGUGUAGUCUGCACACCCAAGCAACUUGUAGAAUCAAAACGCAACGCAACAGUCGAGGAAUUGAAAAGCGGUACACUGGAGUGCUUGGAUCUAAAACAGUUUGCCGCAGAGUACUCAGAGCUAGUCCCAACCUAUGAAGACGCAGUAUCUUACUUCAAGGACAUUGAAGAAGUAGAUGUACUGGACUCUUUUGCUGUGUCAAAGCCAUGGAUAGCGCAGAUUGAGCAAAACUCCAUACGGAUACUCGCCCAAGAAGGCUCUACAUUGGAUGUCGCACAAUUAAUUGGCCCAUGUCUGCCUGCAGCUAUCAUAGAUCCGAUAGUCGCCAAAGUCAAAGAUUCUGUCGUCAACGCAUUCUCCGAAAGACCUCAAGAAGAAAGAAUCGUCCGCGUUGGUCACUUGAUCCUCACCGAAGCCCGGCGAACCUGCGCACUGGAUGAGCUAUCGGAAUACGCAAAAGCAGACGCAGAAUCCCAAUGGCAGCUUCUCCGCGCCGACCCCACAAGAACCGACGACAUAAAAUUCAACCGCGACAGAGUCCGAGCCUCGAUACCGAAACUAUGUCUCAUCCAGCGCUUCCUCGCCGACGAAAAGCCUGUGGAGAAACUCCUCGAAGAAACCUUCCUUCAGACCCUCACAUCUCUCGAGACACCAAACGAAGCAGACUUUGCAACCUACUGGACCGACCGCAUCCUCGCGCGCUUCCAAGUCUACAGGACAGGUCUGGGCCAUAUAUCUGACCAAAAACUACACGACCAACUCGCAGACUUACUCGCUACCUACGCACACAAAGACCUCAUCCCGGACACGAUCGCCAAAGCACGCGCACAGGGACUCGUACUAAGUCGCAAGACGCGCAAGAACAUUGCUCGAUUUUCUGGUAUCCUUGAUACGGCAAAGACAAUGGACAUCAGCGGCAUCACAUCUGCGCUGGAGAAAUUUGCAAAGAAGCAAGGUAUUCCUGCACCGUCGGAGGCGAGUCUGGAAGUUGCAAAACAAAGUAUGCUAGACGACAUGUUGAGGCGGUUACAGAAGCAAAAAGCGUCGGAUGGACCCGUGCUGUUUUUGAUGCUGGUAAUUGUCUUGUUCGCGCGGCACUACGAUGGCGUUGUGUAUGCUACGGGGAAGUUUGCGCCAAAACUGUUGAAGCUGUUGAAGGGGAAGAUGGGGGAGGAGCAGUAUGGGCAGGUGGAAAAGUGGAAGGAGGCGGCUAAGACGAGUAGUUUGAGUGUAGAGGAUAGGGCGGAGAUGGUGAAGAUGGCGGAGGCCAAGGAUAUUGUUGUUGUUGAAGGAUGA